AAGUCGAGGAGGCAAAGACGAUCUUAGGCGGAACAAAUCUAGGAGAUGAGCUGUUAUUCGAAGUAACUGUGAAAAACGUUGGAAGCCAAGAUAUUUAUGACGUUCAUUUGACUCUUUUCAUAAAGAAGACUUCAAAAGCAUCCACAACAUCAAUAACAAAGAGCCGUUCCAAAUGCAUCCCAAUUAUUUCGUCAACGGCCGAAAAAGCAGUGUUAAUAUCUGUUGUAGAUAUUCCCAUGGAUGCAAUAAUUGAUGGUACAGAGUUUGGGGCACAAAUAUGUUUUCGGCUAUCGACAAACUCGAAUUAUGGACAUGAAAAUCCGUUUUUCUCGAACAUUAAUCAAGAUUGGAAGAUCGAAUGCGUGGAAGAGUUCAGACAAGUUAAUAAAAUUACAUGCGGUAAUAAGAUUCCAGUUACAACAAAUGAGCAUCUCAUGUUUCCAACAACAAUUGAAUUUUAUCUUUCAUGUACAAACACCACGUCAAAUCAGUCUAAUUUAUCAGUUAUACCAAACUUAUUGGAACAAAUUGGCGCAUGGGAGACUUUGGAUUUUUUCACAUCAAAUACUAAUGAAACGCAUCUUCCCAGAGCUUUCCAGGCCAAAGAUGAGCUUUUCGCUAUAUUAUUAUAUCCUAUGACUACUUCAAACAUGGCUGUGUCUUUAGCAGAUACGGCCAAACUACAAGUUCAAGCUAAAACCGAUAGAGUGGCGCUUGGUGUUUUGAGAAAAAUGAAGAUGAACUUGCCAGAAGAUAUCCUUUUUGUAUCAUAA